ACUACACUUCUUUCCUAUAAACAGUGAAAAUUACAAUAUAAAGGGCUUAUUUUUCCUUCCUUUUGGAGUUAUUUUUGCUGCUGGUCAAAGCCUGGCUGUUUGUGCAAGAAAGGGGGAAAUCCACUGCAGGUAAUCCCACUGCUCUGAGAUGCUCCUUGCCUGCUUGGCAAAGAUUGCCAGAUCUCAGAUGCUGGCUCCACAGACACGGAGAUUGUGAAUCUUAUCUCGGCAUCUCCCAUACGUGAUCUUCGGCCAAGACUCCAUGACACAGUGCUUAGCCUUCUGCCCCCUCUGAGUCCUUGAUUCUACCCUGGCCACACUCUACUGGGUUGGUUGAGGCUGUUUAAGAAGAUAACUUUUCCCUCACUAAAUAAAUAAAUAAAUAAAUAAAAUAAAAUAACAGGGAAGCAACAUGAAAGAAGAUAAUGAUCUCAAAGGAAGGAACUGUGAUUGACAUAAAUGGGACGUUCCCUUAGGAGCAGCAUGUGUCAUGGGAGCAGCAGAGCCUCAGGUCAUCUCCUUCUCCACCUACGUACCCUCUGUGGCAAGGAAACGCAUUUAAGGUUCAUAUAGUUUUGCACUGGAAUUUGAUGUUCUGGGAAAGGCAGCCAUAUGUUCUAGGCAUAGCAGAUUUCAUUUGGAAUUCACACAUUGGAAGUGUGGCACUAUCUUCCAAAUGGUACUUUUGUCAUCUUUUUUCUUUAGUACAGCAAGCCUCUUUUAGGAUCAGAACUGGCCCUCCUGACAUCCAUUGAUCAACAACCCAUUGACUCUCUUGGUAGGUCAGAUGUUCCAUAGUUAGCCUAACUCACCAUUUAUCUGAGUAGCAAUUAUGACUGCAAUGGCGUGAUAUUUCAACAGCAGGGAAGGGCACUUCAGACAGCUCACGAGUGGAACUGCCAGGCUGGGGAUGGCUGGCAGGGCUUCCUGUACUCAAAGGAAAGGACCUCUGCAUCCUGUCUGGCCAUUCUCCUUCUCUGAGACUCCAUCACCAGAGGCUGCUCUAAAGACCUAAAAGAGAUGUGCCUGGGACAAAUGCAUGGUUCCAUUCCUUCCCACUGAGGCUCAAUGGCCCAGCCAAGCAUGAAAGUGAGACCUGCGCUCCUCAAGCGAAACAGCCUGGAGUCGGUGGAGCUGGUGAAGCAACCACAUCACCGCAGGAGCAAAUCCCAGCAGGUGCGAUUCAAGGAUGACGGGAGCACAAAGACUCCGCCUGGCCUAGCCGAGGUCCACAUCCAAAGUCCUGGCGGCGGCGACGAUGACCCUGCUGCCAUGGGGAAGACCAAGACGCCAACAGCCAGGCACCAUCACCCUCCCGCCUACUCGCUGUCCUUCCCCAGGUCUCACAAGGCAGGGGGCUUCCGCAACAUCGCCAUCCAAACCUCCCCUAGUCUCAGGAAGCAUUUCCCGGUUUUCAAAAGGAAGAAACUCACGGCGAGCAAGUCCUUGGUGGAAAUGCCCACAGCGUCCCAAAGUGCCAUCCAAGUCAACGGCAGCCUCUUGGAACACGACACGGUGUCCUCUGACCUUGCCUACCUGAGGCUGACUCAGCAUCUUGAGGAUGGGCCUCAGAGGGUCAAAGUGCCCCACUCAUUUCUCCCUAGGAUGUCCAAGGUGCAGAGCAAUGGGCCUGUUAGCAUGUGCUUGGAUGCAGCCACGUGGAAGGUUUCGGAGCAGGGGACGGCAGCCAUCCAGGUUCCAGAUGACAUAUAUCACAGUGCAUGCUGGGAAGCUAGAGAGCCGGCCUUUCCCCCAGACGGCUCAGCUGACAUGAGUAACUCCCUCACCCCUUUGGUGGCCAUGUGUCCAGGUGAUGAGAGAAGGGUGUUGACCUCCGAUUCUGAAAGACCCCCCUCUGGCUUAAAUGCCACCAGCGGUGCCAACACCUUGCCAGGCACAGUGAAACUCAAACCUGAAUUGCUUUUGCCCAAAGACAAUGCUGAUGACAACGACCUUGUCUCGCUGUCAUCCCAAUCAAAGAAAACGCGUGUUCCCUCACCUCCACGGACUCACAGCUCCCCAGUACCAGGCUCCCACAGCCAGCCAGCCCACACGGGAAGAGCCUCAGACUGCCCAGCGUCAAGUGACAGUCACCAGGAUCCGGAGUCACUCAAAACUAACAGUACGUCAACGUCAGCUCCGGUGUGUCAGGAGCAGACGGUGAAGAACGCCACCCAGUCAGACACACUGGAGUUCCAGAACUGUCCCGGAAGGGACUCUUUCUCUUCCUCUCUCCCAAGGGAUGAGAGCAAAGUUCAGGGGGGCAGAGAGACGAGUGACACGAGUCACAUUCACCUGGCACAGGGUGAACUCUGCGACCUCCAAGGACGACUGCAGUCCGUGGAGGAAUCCCUGCACUCAAAUCAAGAGAAAAUUAAAGUCCUGCUGAAUGUGAUUCAAGACUUGGAGAAAGCUCGGGCCCUCACUGAAGGGCGCAACUUUUAUCGGACUGGCCAGGACCUUAACAACUGCCGCACCUGCCAGAACACGGCGUGCAUCAUAUACAGUGUGGAGUACGAUUUUCGACAGCAGGAGGGCAGGUUCAAUGAGGUUCUGCAGAGUCUGGAAGAAGUGGAACCAGCCGAGGAAGCCCCUUCUCCACCAAAGUCGCCAGCAGAAGCCCCGGCCCCCGAGAAACAGGACUUCCGGCGGAAAACCAAGAAGGUGAAGAAAAAAUGUUUCUGGUGGAUCUGAGCAAGUCAGGAUAUACCACACUCCUCCAUGAGAUGGAGAAACCUUGUCCUCAAGGCCUUCUUGGCUCCUCUGCAAAGGCCCAGGCUAGGAUCCCCUCGACCUGCGAUACAGGAGCACCUUGGAGCGGAUGGGGCCACUGUUGGACCAACCUGACCCAAGUGAGUGCCACUGCUUGCUGAGGACUUUGUGGACGCUGGCAUGGCCACUUGCUGAGCUCCCUGUCACACACAGCCAGAUCUCAUUACUGUCUGCUAAGUCUGUAUUACCAUGAGCAAACCCACCCCGCACACAGACCUUACUACACUUCCCUAUACCUCCGUGAUACCAACCACUUCCCUCCCACCCUGGGUUCAUCAGCCCUAAAGAAAUCUCAAUAUAUGUUGUGCAUUCUCUAAAGAUAAAGACAGGCUAUAAGGGGAUACCGUAGAAAAUACCUGACAAUCGGCAGUGUUCUAGAUUACAGCGUGUGAAAGCACACAGCAGUGGGAGGGGCCUAAAUACGCAAGCUCCCCCUCCUGUGUGUGUGUUGUCUCGAUCUUUGCUUGGCUCUUACACCCCAAAUCUAGGAGCUGUCUGUCUUUCCACACACUGUGAGCCGAGCAGUCUGUGACAAGGGUACUAGGGACUUGUGGGUGUGGCUGUCCUGUGUCACCUCAACUCAAAAGAGGGUUUCAUAGCUGUGGUUCUUCUGGGGUUACCUAAACUAUCACUGUCUCUGUCUGGGCCUGAGACUGCCUGACAGAUGCGGGGGGGAGGAUGAACUUUGGGUACCACGGUUAGUUAAUGUACUUGCUACAUUGAAAAUCAUGACACUUUAGUCACCUGUCAGUACAGUUUAUUAAGUGAUAGUUAUGAGACUGAGAUAAAACACAGCAUUCAUUCUCAUCCACUCAUCCCCGAGACCACCUUGUAGAUAGGUCCCAACGUGUAUUACUCUACAGUUUCUCUUCCUGGCCACCAGACUAUAGUCACCCAAUCAAAGAAACAGCAGGACUGGGAUAUUGUUUUUACCAGUUUAGGAUUUAAAUACCUUUCUUCUCCAAAGUCUAAG